UGGUGUGGGUUACAUAACUGGCCUGUCCAGGAGAACUUUGCAAGCACAGAAAUGUGCUGAAGCAGAAGGGACAGCAGAGCAUUCUGUCUGAUUUGGAAAAGGUGUCAAAAAUCUACUUGUCAGAGACAGCCUAAGAGAAUUGCAUGUGCCUUGCAGAAAUCCUGUAUUUUAAAAUAAGGUGCAGACAAGGCCAGUGCAUGCUCUGAGAGGAGCAUACACUUACACCUUGACUAGAAAUGUCUGUGCAAUUACACAUGCACAGCUCCAACUGGCCCUGCCAGUCUGGCGUGGGGCACAGGAACACCUUGUUAGCUGGGUAUUCAGUUUAACUGCCCAACCAAACUGCUUAUUAGGUCACAGUGGGGGACUGAAACACGGCUUGCUAAAGUUGCUUUCAGAGUUGAAAUUGGGAAAAUACUUUGUGUUAGAUGCUGUGUAUCCAGAUCCAGCUCCACAGAUGUCAAAAAAUGUUGAUGGUCUCAUUCUGCCCUGAAAUAAGAAAAUGAAAAGAUUUCUUGAUAGGAAGGGUGUGGGUAUACUCAUACAUCUUCACAAGUGACAAGACCUCUUGGGGAAGAGGUUAAUUUUGAGUAACAUUCAAGCCAAACUUAGUGGGUUUUUUCAUGAAUGUUACUGAACCACACUCUGCAACUGCAUCUCAUUCUGGCUCCUUCAGCUUGGAAUAUGCAGUUGAUCUACACAGUUGAAGUUUAACAUUUUAAUGAUAGCUCAUCCAGAAGUCAAACAGCAGCUCAGACUGCUGAGAAAAACAGAGGAACAGUACACAGCUGAUGAACUGUGAGUUUAGAAGGACCAGUGACACAGAGGAGCUCACUUACAAGCCUCUCAGACACUCCAGCGCUCCUCAGCGGACAGUGAAGCUGUGUGUCUGCUGUUGUAUCCCUGGGCUGGACACUGCCUGCCCGGGGCAGUCAGCACUGCCGGUGCUGCUGCAGCUGCCUGCUCUCCCCAGUCCCUGGAGGAUGGGCAGGCAGGAUGCAUCACACUGUCUGUGUGGUGCUGCAUGUGUGUGACAGGGCUGGGCUGCACUGCUGCCACACUGCCUGACCUUGGAGUAGGAUUGUUUAGUGCCAGUUAAUUGCUUUUGUUCAACAUGACAAAUGCACACUGAUUUGACUGAUCACUGAGUAUUUUUCACUGGAGCCAUAGGUAGGUGUUUCAGGAGCUUAGGACCAUCCUGUUGCCCUUCCCCUCUUCUCUCCCAGCCAUUUAGGAAGUCAUCCUGUGAGAUGGGAAGAGAAGGGGACCAGCUGUUAGCCUUGCCAGGGCCAUGGCCCUGCAGCUGUGGUGGAGUCCUCCUUGUGCCACCAGUAGGGGCAGGAGCAGGCUGCCCUCAGCAGCGGGGGAGCGUCAGUCAGGUUCACCUUGCUCUUAAUCCAUGUGAAGAUCAGUUGGAAACACCUUCUAGAAACGCAAGAGUUUCCAGUCUCCUAACAAAUUCUGUUGUGUCCAAGAACAGCCCGUCCAAAUGAGCAAGACAUCCCAACAGAACACCACCACAGACGCGAGCGCAGCAAGUGUGAUUCACACCCAAGCACACUCCAGUGGUUUGCAGCAGGUUCCCCAGCUGGUGCCAGUUAGUCCUGGUGGUGGAGGCAAAGCUGUGCCUCCGAGCAAACAGGGGAAGAAAAAUUCCUUUGUGGAUAGGAACAGUGAUGAGUAUCGUCAGCGCCGAGAGCGGAACAACAUGGCAGUGAAAAAGAGCCGCUUAAAAAGCAAGCAGAAAGCACAAGACACGCUGCAAAGGGUCAACCAGCUUAAAGAGGAAAAUGAACGUUUAGAGGCAAAAAUUAAACUCCUGACCAAGGAGCUGAGCGUACUGAAAGACUUGUUCCUUGAGCACGCCCACAAUUUUGCAGAUAAUGUGCAACCUGUUGGCACUGAGACCACCACAACAAAUGCAGAAAACAGUGGGCAGUAGACACCUGUGACCUUAUGAAACAAACUCUUGAGGUGCAGCCUGUCUGCAGUGCCCACGCAGUAACCAAGCAAAAACUGUACCUGCAGUCAUUGUUUCGUGGAGAUUUUCUUCUUUUAGAUUUAACACUGAAGAUUUGUAACAAUUAAACCAGGAACUGGUUAGGAUAUUUGUUUUAAAUAUUUUUCUCCUCAGAGAUUUAUGCAGAUCUGAACUCCUAUCCAACAAGGAUAAUAUUUAGGAGAUAACAUUUUCACAAGAAUAUUCACUUACCAUUUUGGACUUCACAUAAUGGGAGGAAUCCACCAGGAUGGCUCACUACAGUAUCAGAAACUUGUAAUUGGAUAGAGCAUCUUUUAAAUACCUGUUAGUGUGUUUUAGCCCUUUGUUUGCUCCAUUACAUAUUACAAACUACAAAGGCUGUGGAGAAUUUUUGCUUUUUACUAUAAAUCUGUAGAACAAGUCCUGUGAAGCAGCAGGUGGGUCCCUCCUGCCCAGCUAUAGUUAAUGGGGAGGUUGCAGUGAUAGCUGGGAUGCUUCCUCAGAAAAAUAACAAUACACUCCGAUGAUGUGUGCAGGCAGUGGGCAGUGCUUUCCUUUAACUUGCAUUUAUAUCGCUCACAGAGUGACUGGGGCCCUAUGAGAACAGGAGUUUGUUUUCAGAAAGUUUCAAAAUGCUACCAAAACUGUGCCCUGCAGAAUUGCAUUCUUGCUGGGAAGGAGGUGUUGGAGAGAACAGAAGGUGCAGCGUGCCUGAGCAGGGAAAGGGGCAGGGUGUUCAGCUGGGGUGCAUGGCUCACUGCUGGCUGACAUGAAUUCACAGAAAUUUACAGUGAUUUUAAAAAUGAAUGGCCCUGGUAUGAAUAACUGAUUUAGUGGAAUUUCUACAGCCAUCAUACAGCUGCGUGAAGGAGUAUCUUUAGGAUUGUUUUAUUUCCACAGUUUUUCUGUAGCAACUUUUUAUUGCUACUGCUUAGUCUUUGCCAUGAUCCGUAAUGCAGUGCUAUGUGCUAUAUUGAGGAUUUAAACAAAGUAAAGCAGGAACUUUGAUGUAACUUUAAUUUAUUUUCAUUUUUAAAUAUUUCAUUGAUGGUAUGGUUAUUUUACAUUUAACCUGUGUGUCUGUCUUGUAGAUUACUGCACUGUCUUUAUUUUCUUCUUACACUACCUUUGUCCAUAGAUUAUUUUGGAGGAUGCUUGUUUGCUUUGUAUCUGUACUUAGGAAAAACUUGGAUGUUAUCUCUAUGAAGAUACUGUUAGAGAAUGAAAGCUUGAGAAGUUCUUUUUUGAAUUUAAACUUUUAAUACAUGUGGAAAACUUCAAUGGAUUGUUUUGGAUUAUGGUAGACUUUUUACAGAUAUGUUUUUUUCAUUCUAACUGCAUUUUAAGUUGGUAGGGUUGAAAUACCAGAAGCUAAUAAAAAUGUUUUGCUUGUA